AUGCGUUGGUCAGAGCAGAUCAGCGCCGUGGGCCUGAAGGGCAUGCAGACACAGCGGCAUUCGAAGGAGUUAUCGGAGCGUAUUGAGGCAGCUCUGAAAACGGAGGCUACAAGAUAUCGCAACCUAGCCCAAGCUGCAUAUGCUGAGAUUGCUGCUGACAGGGAAGCAGACGAGUCCCUCAAGCGCGCGCACGAAGCUCGCAAGCGAGAAGAGGCGCGCGAGGCGAAACGCAAGCAGGAAUUGGAUGAGAAGAUCCGACGUGAGCAGGAGAAGGCAUUGCGAGAGAAAGAGAAGCUCGUCCCACUGAAGCUGCGAAUGGCUGGACUCAGGGCAGACACCAUCGAGGACAAGGUCAAGUUUGGCCACCUGGCCGAGCAGAAGGUAGCCAAGGCAUUGGACCUCAAGGGUUCGUGUGACAGGCAUUCGAUGAAGCUGUGGUGGGACUCUUGGCGUCAAGAUGACGAGAACGCUGCCCUCGGAUCCGAAGCCGCGGGGGACUACGAGAAGUACAUGGACACGCCACCACCAACAACAGAGCGAGGGGAACCAGCCAGUAGCUCACAGGGGGUGACCACUGCAAAUGUGAGAAAGGAGUACUGUGCCUCAGCCACCCCACCGGACUGGGGGAGCCCGGACAGCCAAGAUGAAGAGGGGGAAGCCCAACCGGGGCGACCGGACGAAGACCACCAAGAAGCAGACCGGGGGGAGCAGGACGACAACAACAACGACCAUUACCAGGACCAAGUCGAGGCAAUGUGGCCAUGGGGCAAAACGCCGUUGCAGCCUGUCCGACAGAGCGGGGAAGCCAACGGGUACAACAGGUGCAAGACCACAUGGCCAGACACCGGGACGCCGGUGGGCAACCAGAUCUUGUUGCUGAAGGAUAAGCAGGUCGAGGACGGUGACACUUUGGAAAGCUUCGACAUCUCCUCGUCAGCGACCUUCAUUCUGCUACGGCGUGCUCCGCUGCUGUCCGGAGCCAUCAAUCGUGAAGAUCUGGAGCAUCUCUUACAGGACAAUCUCGCUCUUCAGCAGGCCAUCGAGGCUUACAGCAAUGACCUGCAGUACCUGCCCUCAGACAUUGCAGCAAUGUCUCGGCAAGUUGUGGAGGGCCUUAUUGCAAGUGGGUCAGUUCCAGACAUGCCGGAUGGCUCGGAGGACCAGUGGCAGGAACUUGUGGCUCAUGCAGGCAAAGCUCGACAGGUCGCAUUUUCAAGGGCUCUCCGUGCCCAGCUCGAGAAAAUUUCCUCGAGCCUUCCUGGUAAGCCGCGACAGGAACCUCAUCCACGGGACAUGCAGGACCAUGCCCGCUCUCUUCCUGUUCCUGCGCAAACAGGGCUGGCUGGCAAAAAAGAUCCAAGUUGCUACACACAGAGGUUACAACCUGAGAGCCACCCUGCAGCAGUUCCUGAAGGAGGCGAGCCCGCUCUUGAAGCAGAUGCGGCUUUGCGGCAUGUGGAUUUGCCACAGCGCCCCAACAAGUCCACCGGACCUUGGAGAGGGGCAGGGCAGGAGCUGAAAGAAUUCCUUCAUCGGCAGUGGUCUCUCUGUGAGGGCCAAGAUGUCGGCUGA